AGCACCCAAGAAAAUGUAACAUGGCCGAAGACGAGAGCAGAAGUUUCUGUGAAUCAGCUGAUGGCAUAUUAUGCUCAGGAAAGGGUUCCUGUCACUGUGGAAAAUGCAUCUGUUCUUCCCAGGAAUGGUACAUUUCAGGAGAAUUCUGUGAAUGUGAUGACCAGGAUUGUGACAAAUACGAUGGCCUUAUUUGCACAGGAAAUGGCAUAUGUAGCUGUGGAAACUGCGAGUGCUGGGCAGGUUGGACUGGAAAUGCUUGUGAGAUCUGGCUUGGGAGUGAAUAUCCCUAACAUUGCCAUGAAACACUGAACACUGACGGAUAUGUGGUGUAGAAUAAGGCUGCUAGACUACAUAAAUCCUUGUUAGAACAUUUCAUCUGGUAUGAUGACCAACAGGAAGAUUUGUGAAGUCACGGACAGUACAUAUUUAACCACAACUAGGUGGAUUACAAAAUAAAUGGGAACAAAGGAGAUCAUAGCAAAAGAAGAAGAGGAAUCUGGCACCAAGACAAGCAAUGCUGUGGGGCACUAAGCAGCAGAGAAAUAAUUCAUGCUUGGCAAGGUGAAUAUUAUUUGUCACUCCUUUUAGUUGCAUUAAAAAUGCUCCUUUUGAUUAAAAUAUCAA